AUGCUGAAGCAGACUGGGUUGCAAGCAGCCGGUCCGAGCGCAUCGUCGCCGCUGGCUGGCGUGACUGGCGUCGACACUGCCGUUGACGAGCACUUGUCCCUUGCCACCGCACAGUCGCGCAUUGGGUAUCGACAGCAAGACGGACAAGGCGCUGCUGCGGGACCACCGUCGGCCGUGCCGAGUGCUGCACUGUCAUCCAGCAGUCGCUCGGCGUCGCUGGAGGAGCCGACGCUCGACAUGUCGGCUGCCAUGAUGAGCGCGGUGGCGGGAAUGGUCGCAAUGCCAAUCUCGACACAAACACUCGAGCCUACAUCGCCUCCGUUGUCGCCGCCGCCACUCGCAGCCCAACCCGCGCUCGCAAGUGGAAGCUCGUCCGAGCACCCAUCCAUCCAUGGCUGGCUGAACAAGCUUGGCGCAAAGGGCUUGGUGAAAACGUGGAAGACGCGAUGGAUGGUGUUUCAACCAUUCAGCUGCCAGCUGCAUUACUACGAGAGCCCCAAGGAUGUCUAUCCUCUUGGAACGAUUGACAUUUCCAACGCCACAUUCACCAUUGACAACGAUGCCAACAAGCACAGCGACUCUGGUCACUUUUCCAUCAACACGGAAGCCCGCCGAUAUAUUCUUGCUGCGCGAGACAAGGAAACAAUGCUGGGUUGGUUGGGAUCGCUGCAGGAGGAGCGACAGCGCUAUCAAGCGCGCAUCCAGUCAAAUACAAACACAACCGCAACCACUCCUCCCGCGCCCGUGAGUGCAGCUGCGUCUCUGGCUCCCACGCAGGCGGCUGUCUCACCCGAGCCCGCACUCGCGCCCAGCGGCACAGCUUUGCCUCCCUCGACCGCUACAACUGCGCCGCCCGCAAGGCCGAGCCUUGGUACGGUCUCUCCAUCCGGUUCGCCUGCAUCUGAGCGUCGUGGACCACCCCCGAGGCCUCUUCCGUAUGCCGUGUAUUUGGAAAAUAGCAUCGCGGCAGCAGCCGAGACCGGCUCUAGUGCCAGCAGUAGUACCGAGGCACCACCGCAAGUCACCACCGCCCAGCCCACACCGUCAGCACCUGGUAGUGGCGCGGAUGCCACAAGCACGGCGGCUCCGGUAGCGUUGGAGCCAGCACCCAGCGCUCCACCGUCUGUCAGUACGGCCUCAACCUCGUCGUCAAACCGAUGGUUUUCUUCCCUCAAGUUGAAGACUGCGCUGGGUGGCUCUGGUUCGGCGACUGGCUCUGGCUCUGGCUUUGGCUCUGGCGCUGGCUCUGGCUCUGGCUCUGGCGUUGGCUCUGCAUCCAGCUCUCCCGGCAAUGUGUCCCAUCCGGCUACCCCGGGGUCGGCACAGCGCAAGGCCAGCGACACCACCGACUCCAAGCCCUUCCAACGGUUUGGCUUUAGCAUCAAGCUCGGCAAAUCGACGGACAGCGCAACCAUCGAAAGCUUGCGCGACGAGCUGGCGCAAGCAGAGAAGGACAUUUCGGUUCGCGAGGAGGUUCUGCAGUCGCUUUACCAGAGCAUCAAAGAGUUGGAUGCUGAGCGACAGUCGCGCGCGGCCCUCGACCGCUGCGCGUCAGACAAAGAAAAGGAGGAGCUGCUUGUUGUGCGCGAUCGACGGGUGAUGGAACUCGAGAGCAACAUUCACGAAAUGAGCAACGAGCGUGACACGGCUCGUGCCGAGGCAGAUGCUGCGCGGGCGCGCAUCGCCGCACUUGAAGAGCAGCUGCUGGCCAUUUCGGAUACGCUCGUUGAGCGCGAUCGUGAAAUUGUCUCGCUCAGCGAUAAAACAAUUGAUCGACACCAAUUCCAGACGGCGCAAGCCGAGAUCAGGAAACUCCGCGAGGAGAACACUGCCUUGGCCGAGCGCAACUCGUUUCUCACCUCUGAAAACAACGCUGUCAUCCAGUUCCGCACCGACAACGACCGCACUAUCGCUCGCCAGCAAAAGAAGAUUGCCCAGUUGGAGGGCGACCUCUCGCGCGCUCGAUCGUCCUACUAUGCUCUUCUCCAGCGCCUUCCGGCCUCGCAAGCGGGAACGGCCAGCUCUGGACUGGGUAGUGAAGGUGGUGGAGGCAUCGCUGACCUCGAUCCAACCCUGCCUGCGUUUGCCGAGCCGAGUGACGCGCCCAACGAUGCUGCGCUCGACUCGCUCGGCCAGUACGAUCAGUACGGCUUCUUGGAGCCCUCGAGCUCGGAUGCGCUCGGCUCGCUGAUCAAGCACAGCAAGAAGCAAGUCGCUACUCAAAGCGAAAGCCUGCAGGAGACUCGCUUGCAGCGCUGGAACCGCUACAUGCAGACACAUUCUGGCAAGCCGAUCGAUCCCAACGCGAAAGAGUUAAAAUCCCUCGUGCGGAGCGGCAUUCCGGAGGAGUUCCGGACAGAGAUCUGGCUCGAGUGCAUUGAACGGCUCACCGGCGACGACCGCCGCAUGAUGGGUGCUGGGCACUACUUCAAGCUGCUCGAAAGCAAUGUGCGCAAACAAUCGCGAGCGACCCAGCAGAUCGAGCUCGAUCUGCUCCGAACGCUGCCGCUCAAUGUCAAUUACUCGACGCCCACAGCGCCAGGUAUUGCAAACCUGCGUCGUGUGCUAGUCGCCUACAGCUGGCACAACCCGCAAGUCGGUUACUGCCAGGGCAUGAACCUGAUUGCCGCCAUCCUCUUGCUCCAUCUCAACGAGGAGGACUCUUUCUGGGGCCUUGUCGCGCUGAUUGAGCAUGUCAUGCCGCCGGACUACUACAAUGCCUCGCUGAUUGCCAGCCAAGCCGACCAGCGUGUCUUGCGUGAUUUGCUGCAGGAGAAGUGUCCGCGUCUCUUUGCCCAUCUCGACAAGCUCAAGAUUGAUCUGACCAUGAUUACUUUCAACUGGUUCUUGACGCUUUUCGUGGAUGCACUGUCCCCUGAGGUUCUCUUCCGUGUGUGGGACACAUUCUUCCUGGAAGGCAACAAGGUCCUCUUCCGAUAUGCGCUGGGAUUGCUGCGCGUGAACGAAAAGACCUUGCUUGCAAUGGACGACUCGCUGGCCAUCUUUAACUAUCUGAAGAAUCUUUCAACAAAGUCCUUUGACCCGGAUGUGCUUUGGAAGGCGAGCUUCCCCGAUUUGAAUCCAUUCCCAAAGUCAAAGAUUGCCCAGCGCCGGCAGCACCACCUGACAAUGGUCAAGAACGAAGUCAACGAUCUCGAGCGAAACCGUGCCGAUUACAUUCGGCGGAAGGCUCGUGCCGAAAUCGAGGCGCAAGAACGUCUACGCACACAACGACUGCACGAGGAGGAACAAGAAAUGCUCAACUCGCAGCAACAGCAGUUUCAACACAAUGCCGCCAUUCUGGAGCAAGAAACAACAGCGACAACAACGGCAGCGGCAGCGGCCACUGCAGCAACUGUCACUAGCUCGCCAGAGCGAGCCAGCUUCACCACGUCCAUCGCUGGCGCAACAUCGCCACCGCUGCCUUCGUCGCCGACCGCAUUGCGCACAACCAUGCCCUUCUUGACGUCGCCCCUGAAGACUGCACCAACGCUUGCUGUAACCCAGUCCGACGGCAGCUCGAUCGCACAGCCCACGCCCGCACUGCUGGACGGUGCGGAGCACGAUCAGACCCUGCGAGAUGAGCUUGCACACGCCACGUCAACUGCCUUGUUAACGUCCCAGUUUGGGCUCGAGUAACGCGCGAGGUUUUUCGGUUUUUUGGGCUCGAGUAACAUUGUUUUCGUUCGUUGUUUAUGUCCUUGUUGUGGUUUCACCCUCUCCUUCAAAUAUCAACCGCUAUUUGCUCGCAAUCACCCUCAUUGUUGUGUCGAGCACCUCUAAUUCGCACACAAUACACAAUGCGAACUGA